GGGUUCGGAAUUUACGCAGCGGAAAACGGUAAAAUAAGUGCCAACAAGGAAGGACAGGCUGAAGCGCGGACGACGUUGCUUUGAAUGUGCGUUUCUUGCAGGCUGGGAAAGAAGGCGAGAGAGAGGAGAGAGGAGAGAGGCGGAGAAAGCUGAGAUGAGACAUGGACGGGCCUCCAGAGAGCGACUGCUGCAGCGUAUGCCAUGGCAGCUUCAACCUCCCUUGUCAAGCCAAUUGCUCUCACUGGUUUUGUUGCAACUGUAUUCUACUUGUUUGGUAUCACGGAUCGACACUUCAGGCAUGUCGAUGCCCACUGUGCCGUCGUGCAAUCACAUUGUUGGUUCCUGAUGAGGCUUCCUUACAGCGGCGACAAGAACCUGAAGUAGCUGAGGUUUUAGGAAAGGUUGAAACAUACAACCGUCAAUUUGGUGAAAAUACAAAUGGUCUGAUUCAGAGAUUGCAAGAUCUUCCUUUUUUACUUAGGAGGCUGUUACGUGAACUGAUGGAUCCACGAAGAUCCCUACCUUUUGUCAUCAGGGCACGUGUCUAUAUUGCAAUGAUACUUAGUGCUGUCUACGUACUCAGCCCGGUAGACAUUAUUCCAGAAGGGAUCCUGGGGGUAGUAGGCUUAUUGGAUGAUGUCAUUAUAGUGCUGAUUUGCUUCCUCCAUGUUGCCGCCCUUUAUCGGUCAGUACUCCUUUUCCGUUUCAGAGGUCCUUGAGCUGCCUUGAAACCCCACUUUUAACAGAAAAGAAUCAUAUGCAAGCUUAAUCGUAUCUGCACUUUUUUCUUUUUUAAUCUAUAGUAAAAAUGGGCUCAUCUUUAUUCAUCCUUUCUGGCUGUAACCUCACAAAUUCAGCUGAUAUUAUUACCUUGUGUAUUUUCAUCCAAAAGUUAUUGUCUGUAUGCAAGCGUGUGUUCUUAAGUUGGUUUCAAUAUAUUUCAACAAGUGGGUACGGCAGCGAAUUAUUGAUAUCAAAUGGUUGAAAAAUACUAAAUGUUAAGAAGAAAUUGAAAUUAAAUUAUUAAUCAAAUGCAGUAGUAAUUGCAAUUUAAAAA